AUGGCAUUCCUCAUCCCCCCUUCGGCUCUAGAGAACCAGGCCUCUAGCUCUCUGCACUCCCCGCCCCUCCGAAACAAUAUAACGCCCGGUGACGUAGGAAUCCUAAAAUCAACUCUCCUACCCUCUUUUAGCCUCUAUUCAUCUCUCUCACUCGCGACCUACAUUGCAGCGGAAGCAACAGACCGAGUCGAACUCAAAGACUGGCUUUGGCCAUCAGCCCAAGUUCUCAAUGCUUGGUGGUCCGCCAUCGGGCAACCGAUGUGCAAACACGAUAUCUCAUUCGGAACAGCUUGGGGGGCUCUACCAUGGACAGAAAGGGUCCUUCUAAGCUGCGUUACUCUCUGGGGCACCAGGCUCUUUGCCCGGAUCGCGUGCCGGUCCUUGUCCCGCGGGACAGAUGACGUGCGGUACGACGCAGUCAAAAAGGAGCCGGGCUUUUGGAAAAAGGCAUUUUUGAAGAUCUUCUUACCGGAAGCUGCUGUGUUGAGUGUCAUCUCUUUGCCGUUCACAGUUCCGUUCACUAUGGGUCAGACUACGGUCCCGAUAGGCGAUGAUGUAAUGAAUGCUGUUCGGGCGCUUGGCGUUGGACUUUUUAGUGCUGGGUUUGCGAUGGAGGCUAUGGCAGAUACGCAACUUGGACUUCACCGACAGGAACGGACGGAUUUGUGUCGACACGGUGUUUGGGGUUUGGUCCGGCAUCCGAAUUACCUCGGGGACACAUUGGUCCAUUUUUCAUUUGCUUUGCUUAACAUGGCUGGUCCAUUCAAUCCAGUUGUAAUACUGGGACCUGUCGCGAACUAUCUCUUCCUUCGGUUCGUGGGUGGUGAUAAGCAGACUGAGGCUAGCCAGGAAGAGCGCUAUAAGUCUGAUGAUCCAUAUAACUAUGGGCAGCUACAACAGUGGAAGAGAGAGAAGAACAGUUUCUGGCCUUGUUUGCGGGACUUGGCGAAUCCAUGGGCAUUGGCUGUUGCUGGUUGCGGGUUUAUUGGUGUGGUGAUUGAGGAGGGGUUUAGAGGUGCUUAUGGCAUGUAA